CAUGAUGCACAUCUGCAACAGCCAAGCAAUUGGAGACGAGAGUUCAGCUGCUAAAAGAUGCGGAGAAAUUUUUGUCUGCAGAUGAGACUUUAAAGUCUCUUACAUUUUCCAACGCUUCGUAGAACCAGAUUUACGGCCUCACUACAAUCAUGGAUCCCGGGACCAAGAGACGUAAACUGUCUAGCGGCAGCUAUGAGGCAGUAUCGCCCCAGAUAGCAAUCCCUGUUGCGGCUGCGGACGACAGCAAUGCCAAAGAGCAACGCCGCUCACUCUUUGUCCGCUCAUUGCCUGCAUCCGUGACUACAGAACGCCUCACCGAACAUUUCUCGCAGUCCUUCCCUUUGAAGCAUGCCCUGGUGGUCGUCGAUCCACAGACGAAGCUAUCGAAAGGAUUUGGUUUCGUGACAUUUGCCGACGCUGAAGAUGCGCAGGCCGCAAUCGAACAAUUCAACAACUCGGCAUUGGACGGGCGCAAAAUCAAGGUGGAACUUGCCCAGUCGAGACACAGAGAGACAGAAGAUGGACUCAAGUCCGGUCCGAAUACGACUGCCGUGCAAUUGCGGGAGCAAAGGGAGCAUAAACGGGCUGAGACACAACCGCCGAGAUUAAUUGUGAGGAAUCUCCCAUGGAGCAUCAAGACGGAGGAUGACCUGUCCGCACUCUUUCGCAGCUACGGAAAAGUCAAACACGCUGUAUUGCCAACGAAAGGUCCAAAGGCUCAGUAUGGAUUUGGCUUUGUCGUGCUUCGUGGCAAGAAAAAUGCAGAAAAAGCAAUCGCCGGCGUCAACGGCAAAGAGGUUGAUGGACGAACACUCGCUGUCGAUUGGGCGGUCGACAAGGAGACAUGGGAGCAGCAAAAACAGACGGCUUCUGCAGAGUUGCUGAAUGAUCAGCCCACCAAGAAGGCCUCUGGUGCCGAAACUGAUGGGAGCCCAGCCACGCCUGCUGGGGAUUUGGCAGACGCCGACGGUGACGAUGCAUCUGAAGGAGAAGUGGACGAAGACAAGCUUGACGAGGCUGAAGUUGCCGAAGACCCAUUGGAUGAGGGUUCUGACAUUGACGACGCAAGUGAGGAAGAUGAACAGCAUGAUCCUCGAAACGACGGGACUAUAUUCAUUCGAAAUUUGCCCUUUACCGCGAAUGACGAAAGUCUGAAGGAACACUUCUCCUCGUUUGGACCCAUACGGUACGCUCGAGUCGUCUAUGACCCCGAGACCGAGCGCUCGAGGGGAACUGCUUUUGUCUCUUUCUUCAACUUGGACGACGCCAAAGAAUGUGUCAAGAAUGCACCCAAGCACGAAGCACCCACUGUCGAUCCAAAGGACGACAAGAAACGCAAGGGAGAUACGCCGAAGCACUCUGUCCUCCAAAAUGAAGCCAACGAUCCAUCUGGCAAAUAUACACUUGAAGGCCGUGUGCUUCAAGUCUCAAGAGCGCUCACCAGAUCAGAUGCAGAGCGACGAGCCACCGAGGCUAGUGAGAAGAGGGACAUUCGUGACCUGGAUAAGCGACGGCUGUAUCUCCUUUCGGAAGGGUCCAUCCCCAGGUCGUCGAAGCUCUACGAACAGCUCGGUAAAGCCGAAAUUGACAUCCGCGAGAGCAGUGCUCGACAGCGACAACGGCUGAUCAAGAACAAUCCCAAUCUAUGUUUCAGUCUCACCCGACUCAGCGUGAGAAACAUUCCUCGACACAUCGGUCCCAAAGAACUCAAGGCGUUGGCUCGUGAAGCAGUUGUGGGCUUCGCCAACGAUGCAAAGGCCGGUAUUCGACAACCACUUAGCAAGGAAGAAUCACGUCGUGGUGAGGCAGAGAUGCGCGAAGCGGAAAGAAAACGAAAGCUUGCCGGAGUGGGUAUCGUGAAACAGGCUAAAGUCGUGUACGAGGAUUCUCAGGGCACAAAAGUCAAGGAUGGUGCUGGACGAAGUCGUGGUUAUGGCUUCAUCGAGUAUCACACCCAUCGUAACGCCUUGGCAGGGUUGCGAUGGCUCAACGGACACGUGGUCAAGGCUUCUAAAGAGGGCGAGGAGAAGGGAAAGAGGCUCAUCGUCGAGUUUGCGAUUGAAAACGCACAGGUGCUCCAGCGACGGGGCGAGAUUGAGCGAAGAGCACACGAGAACCGUGGAAAUAAAGGCACAUUCGGCAGCGGACGCAGAGAUGGCGAAAAGAGAGACGGCACACAGAGAGAUGGCGGAAGAAGAGACAGUCGACCAAGAGAUGGCGAGAAGAGAGACAGCCGACAGAGAGAUGGCGGAAGAAGAGACUUUGGGAAGAGGAACGGGGACAGAGGUCGGGAUUCGAAAGCCCCUGCUGCAGGUCAAAAGAGGAAGCGCGACGACAAGGAGGAUGAGAAAGCGUCUGUGGGAAAGGCCAAAGGAUCUGAACCAAACGAAAGAAAUAACAGUAUCGCGAAGCGGAACCGCAUCAUUGCGAAGAAGCGGCAGGCAAGGAAGGUGCGAAAAGGUUGAUGUAGCUGCUGAAGGGCAGAUGCCUGGUAUUCCAAUGAUCCCAGCACUUCAUGACUCGAGCAACACAUCGUUCCAUUUCCAUCGCAAAAUUAUGAGGCA